GCAGCCGUGGGUUCCGAGCAGAGGCUCCGCGCAGACGCCGAGGCGGCCCUGGCGGCGGCCAUGCGACAGUUGCAGGAAGCCAGGGAGGCCGUGGCCCUGGAGGCCUCAGCGCGAAGGAAUGCCGAGGAGGUGCUGGAAAAGCAGAGCCACAAGGCCGUGCUUCAGGAGGACGAGGCACGAAAGGGGCCGCGGCUUGGGGCUGGCUUAG